CAUUUGCAGGCUAAGGUCAUGAGUGAUCGGUUUGAGUGUGUUGUACAUCAUGGGGGUGUGUUUACUGAGUUUAAUAGGUUAGGUUAUGAUGGGUUAGAGGAGAUUUGGGGGGUUGACCCGGAUUAUUGGAGUUAUUUCGAGGUUAUGGAUGGUAUAAAAGAACUAGGUUACCCAAAAGUAGAUAGUUUGUGGUAUUACGUUGCAAUGGAUGAUAAUGAGUUAGUGAUGUUGAAAGACGACACAGGAACAACUAGAAUGAAAGUUAUUGCAUUGAUUAAUGGGAAUGUGCAUCUAUAUGUCAUGCAUCCAGUUGAAGCAGAAGCUGAAUAAUUAAUGAGGAUGUGGAUGAAUUGAAUAAUGCUUCUAUAGUAGGAACUUUUGAUGAGUUGGGGACCAUUGAAGACUUGA